UUUGUCCAUAGUUUUGGAGAUCAGAAAUAAAAUUAAAGUGUCAGCAAGGCCAUGCUUCCUCUGAAAACUCUAGGAGAAAAUUUGAUCUUUCCUCUUCCAGCUUCUAGAGGCUCUGGGUGUUCCUUGACUUAGGACUGCAUAACAUCAGUCUUUAUGUGCAUGUUCACAUGGCCUUCUCCCCUGUGGUCUUCUGUGCUUGUAAGAACACUUGUCACUGGAUUUAGAGCCCACCGAGUUAAUCCAGAAUGACUUCAUCUCAAGAUACUAAAUCUGCAAAGACGCCAUUUCCAAAUAAAGUCACAUUCACAGAUAUUUAGUGUUAAGUAUUAUACAUAUUGUUUUGGGGCCACAAUUCAACUCAUUGUCACCCCAAGGCAGGCUCCCAGCUAUAUGUUGUUGGAGCUCUGACAACAUGUUUGAAUGAUGGAAUCCCAAGAUGAAAAGUGAUAUUGCUCAUGUGUAUAACAUAUGCAAAUUUUUUUAUUUUUUUUCCCCUUAGAUGUCUUCCUGGGUUUUCUGGUCAAUUUUGUGAAAUUAAUAUAAAUGAAUGCUCUUCAUCACCAUGUCAACAUGGUGCAAACUGUGAAGAUCACAUCAAUGGAUAUGUUUGCAAAUGCCAACCAGGAUGGUCUGGACACCACUGUGAGAAGGAACUUGAGUGCAUUCCCAAUUCGUGUGUUCAUCAACUGUGCGUGGAAAAUGAACCUGGCUCGACAUAUUUAUGCACACCUGGACUUAUGACCUGCUCCAUUGGGCUUCUUUGUGGUGAUGAAAUAAGGAGAAUUACCUGUUUAACUCCCAGCUUUCAAAGAACAGAUCCCAUUUCCACACAGACAUAUACAGUUUCCCCUUCUGAGACUUUGGUCAAUAGCUUUCCAUCUAUAAAGGCUACUAGAAUACCAACCAUAAUGGAUACUUAUCCAGUUGAUCAAGGUCCAAAACAGACAGGCAUUGUCAAGCAUGACAUUCUCCCAACCACUGGUUUGGCAACGUUAAGAAUUAGCACACACUUGGAAAGCUACUUACUCGAAGAACUGAUUGUCACUAGAGAGCUUUCAGCAAAACACAGCCUUCUUUCUUCCACAGAUGUUUCCUCUUCUCCAUUCCUGAAUUUUGGUAUUCAUGACCCGGCACAAAUUGUCCAGGACAAAACAUCGGUAUCGCAUAUGCCUAUUCGAACUUCAGCAGCCACACUAGGUUUCUUUUUUCCUGAUAGGAGAGCAAGGACCUCAUUUAUUAUGUCUUCCUUAAUGUCAGAUUUUAUUUUUCCUACACAAUCUUUAUUAUUUGAGAACUAUCAGACUGUUGCUUCAUCUGCUACCCCAACGACUUCAGUAAUUAGAAGCAUUCCAGGGGCUGAUAUUGAGUUAAACAGACACUCAUUACUCUCCCGUGGAUUCCUGCUUACAGCUGCCUCCAUAAGUGCAACUCCAGUUGUCUCUAGGGGGGCUCAAGAGGAUAUCGAAGAAUAUUCAGCUGUUUCUUUAAUUUCAAGAAGAGAGCACUGGAGAUUGCUCAGCUCCUCGAUGUCUCCCAUUUUUCCUGCUAAGAUAAUUAUAUCUAAACAGGUAACCAUCUUAAACUCAUCAGCUAUGCACCGGUUCGGUACAAAAGCCUUCAUUCCCGGUGAAUAUCAGGCUAUUACUGAAGCUUCAAGCAACCAGAGACUCACAAACAUCAAAUCACAGGCUGCUGAUUCUUUAAGAGAAUUAAGCCAAACAUGUGCAACAUGUUCUAUGACUGAAAUAAAAUCCUCUCAUGAAUUCUCAGAUCAAGUUUUGCAUAGCAAACAGUCCCACUUUUAUGAGACAUUCUGGAUGAACUCAGCGAUAUUAGCCAGCUGGUAUGCACUAAUGGGAGCUCAAACUAUCACUUCUGGGCAUUCAUUUUCUUCUGCUACUGAAAUAACACCAUCAGUGGCAUUCACAGAAGUGCCAUCUUUAUUUCCUUCUAAAAAGAGUGCAAAAAGAACAAUUUUAUCCUCAUCCUUGGAAGAAUCCAUUACCCUAUCAAGUAAUUUGGAUGUUAAUUUAUGUUUGCAUAAGACUUGUUUAUCCAUUGUCCCUUCACAAGCUAUCUCUUCAGACUUGAUGAAUUCUGAUUUGACUUCAAAAUUGACUACUGAUGAACUGUCAGUAUCAGAAAACAUUUUAAAACUAUUGAAAAUAAGACAAUAUGGCAUAACUACGGGCCCCACUGAGGUACUAAGUCAAGACAGCUUAUUGGACAUGGAAAAAAGUAAAGGAUCUCAUACACCGUUCAAACUUCACCCAAGUGAUAGUUCUCUAGAUUUUGAGUUAAACUUACGAAGUUAUCCGGAUGUUACUUUAAAGACAUAUUCAGAAAUUACACUUGCAAAUGACCUCAAAAAUAAUCUGCCACCAUUGACAGGCUCAAUGCCUGAUUUUUCAGAAGUCACUACCAAUGUUGCAUUUUAUACAGUUUCAGCAACUCCAGCACUUUCAAUAGAGACGUCUUCCUCCAUGUCUGUAAUUACUCCAGAUUGGCCAUAUUUUGUAGAUUAUAUGACCUCUCUUAAUAAAGAAGUCAAGACUUAUUCAGAAUGGUCCAAAUGGGAACUUCAGCCUAGUGUACAAUAUCAGGAAUUUCCCACUGCAAGCUGGCAUCUUCCCUUCACUAGAUCUCUUACUUUGUCUUCACUGGAAUCCAUUGUGGCACCUCAACAGCAGAUGAUUUCUGAUUUCAGUUGUGUUUCCUAUUAUGGAGAUUCGUAUCUAGAAUUUCAGAAUGUGGUUUUAAAUCCACAAAAUAACAUCUCCCUAGAAUUUCAGACCUUCAGCUCCUAUGGACUCCUGCUCUAUGUCAAACAAGACUCAAAUUUAGUAGAUGGAUUUUUUAUUCAAUUGUUUAUUGAAAAUGGUACUUUAAAGUACCACUUUUACUGUCCUGGUGAAGCAAAAUUUAAAAGCAUUAAUACUGCUAUUAGAGUGGACGACGGGCAAAAGUAUACACUGCUUAUCAGGUAA